GUAUUUCCGUUGCUCUAAGAUAUAGGUGCCGUUACAUUGCAUUAUUCAAAGGUGUCUUCAUUUAGAUAUUUCAUAUGUGCGACACUUUUUUGUCCAUUUAAUUGUUUCAAUCAUUAAUAAUAUAUGCUAUGAUUAGUUAAUAAGUUAAUAUAUAACUACAACAAUAAUGACUUCAUUAGAUCCAGCGGUUGCUUGUAUUAAAUACUUGCUUUUUGCCAUCAAUUUUAUAGUUUGGACAUUGGGAGCAAUUUUAUUGGGAGUGGCUAUUUGGGUUAGAGGUGAUGGUGGGCUCUGGGAGUAUACGGAUAAUUUAGAUAUUGAAAGAUAUUAUAUCGCUUGUUACUUAUGUAUGGCUGCCGGUGCCGUCAUUUUGGUUAUCGGUUUUAUCGGUUGUCUGGGGGCUGCUAUGGAAAGCCCGUGUAUGCUUAUUGUCUACUUUGCAUUGACAGCAGUGGCUAUAAUACUGCAAAUAGCGGCCACAGUCCUCGUGUGGAAGAUUGCCGGAGGAGACCGAUUACAACGUGUUUUGUCGGAUGAACUUAAAUGGCAUAUCGAUCGCCGUAACACUGAUGAGACGUCCCGAAGAUUCCUCGAUUUGAUCCAAUUGAAGUUGGAUUGUUGUGGUGCCGAAACAUUUUUGGAUUAUCAAAAAGUCAAUCAGGAUAUACCCGUGUCGUGUAAUAGUGAACGGACUAAUAAUAUUCAAAUAAGAAGUUGUGGUGAAAAUUUGCGUCGAUUUCUUGAGAUCAGAGGUGGAGCUAUUGGUGGCAUUUGUGUGGCACUAAUUCUGGUUGAAGUCGGAUCCAUAAUCUUCACGAUGUGUCUGUUCUUUGCUAUGAAACAAGAAACCAAACCAUUGCUUCAUAACUACUAAAACACAUAAAUUAUACAAUUUUAACGAUUGUUUUAUAUUUUAUUUUAUAAUUU